CCCAGAUAAGUGCCCAACAACCUUUAAGCUUCCGAGCUCUUCAAGGGUUAUGAGGUGGCCCGGUUGGACAUAACCUUCGCAUCAACAGAUCGGCUGGUUCUCGUGACCUUCUACGAUGUGCGGGUGGCCCAGCAGGUCCUCUCAGACCUAAAGCCCAAUGCUUGGCCUGCCCAGGAAGGGAUGAAUGACUUGCGUGCGGUGAGGUUGUCGAGCUCUGAGUUUGCAGCUCUUCCGCGGCACGAGAGAGGCUUUGAAAGGUUCGGUGAGAUUGCAGGGCUUUCCAACUGCGUUGGUGACCUCGUUAUUGAAUUCUAUGAUAUGCGUGCAGCUCUUCGUUGCACCUUUGAUAUCCCUGGCAGUGAGCCCAACAAGUGUGGACCGAUGUGCCACUGGACCGGUGGCUCGGCAAAGGGCACCGGCAAGACCUCGGGUGGGUCUUCACCAUCGCCUCCCAUGUGGACCGUACGGAGCCCUCCCGGUUUGACUAGGUCUGAUGCUGCCAACAAUGACCGUGGAAUUGCCUUUCUGUUGCAUGCGGACCGGAGAGGGUGCUAUCCCGAAUUCAAAGUGCCUGAAAAAUCCUGAAAAAGAGUUCAAAAAAACAAGCGAAAACCGCGACAUCAUGCUGCUGCCCACAGAGGCGCAAAAGACGUAGGUGGCUAGCAGCAUGUUGGGGACGACGAAUUUCUUUUGCAUGUGCAUUUUUUUGGUCAUACGCUGCACUAAAGUGCAGGAGCGUUGAUUGACUUGAGAUGGACAACGACACACUGACUAAGUCAGGGGCAAUGCCAUUCAGCCUUAAGACGGGCUGCGGCUUCUUCUGGGUGAAAUCGCCCUGCGAUGACAUGUAAGAUGUGAGUCUCAAAACA